AUGGGGUAUUCGGCGGAAAAGCGGGCACGAAAGGAGCCGGAAAGCGCCGCCCUAACGGCGCAGCGCGAGGCGGUGACGCUGGUGGGGGAAACUGACAGCGCGCUGAAGAAGCCACGCCUGGACGGCGACGGCGACGGCACCGCGGCCCUCCACAAGCUGUUCGCGGAAUUUGACGGGGAGCAGCAGCAGCAGCAGCAGCAGCACUCCGAGAACGGUGUUUCACCCGACAGCGGCGACGACGACAGUGAGAAGGGCGAGGCGGAGGCGAGCGAAGCCGACGUUGAGGAUCUGAUGCUUUUCACCAGCCCCACACGGGCGCGGCUGGAAGUGGCGGCGCGUGGCAGGCGCGGUGCGGGCGCGCAAUGCAAACUUGUGCCUUCUUCAAACCAACCCCUGGAUGCGGUGCACGAGCGCCGCCGCGUGCCCCACACCGUCGGCGCGGUCACAACGUUGUACUCGGUGCAGCAACUGGAAGAACUCCUUGACGCCGCCCCGCUUCCUCCGCAAAGUUCGGGGGUGUUGGCGGCAUCUGCCUCGGCGCCCCCGCAGCUGCAGUUGCGGGCGGGUGAGACGGUGCUUAUUGUCCUGCAGAACGGGCAGGGGGGCAGGACUGUGGCGCUGCAGCACGCAACGGAAGGGCUCUCGCAGUGCCGCAUCUUCCGCCUCGACCUUGGCGAGUUGCCGCCGUGCGAAUAUGAGGAAGUGGGCGCGGAGACGCACGAGGAGCAGGAUGAUGCGGCCGGUCUCUUGCGGUUGUUCCAUACCGACCCCCUCCUCUCGCUUAGCACACAGGGGCCCCAAAACAUUGAACAUGCCCUGCAGCGUGUGAGUUCGCUGCUUCGCGUGGGCGAGGUUUUGAACCCGGGCGGGGCUGCAUCCCCCGACCCCGCACCGCCUGAAAAAACUGGGGACGCCGGUGGGAAAUCUGUGAAUGUUGCUCACCCCGAGGAGGGCGAGGUACUCACUCUCCCUGCCUUGGUCAUGUGGCGCGCCGACGGCGGGCCGGCGGAUGAGUACUGCCGCAAAGUGGAGAGGCAGACCGGUGGCGCGCAUAAAAACGACAAACAGGGCAAUUUUCAGAUGGCAGUGACCGGCGCACGCCAUCGCGGGUGGCCUUUGGUGGUGAAGGAGCUCACGACAUUGGAUCAGUUGCACUCGGCGUCGUUGCUGACGCCAGUUUACACGGUGACACACUUUCUUCGUACGGUGUGUGCAAAGGCGCUCUUCCCGGAAGGCGCCACCGCGGCCGUCGCCGGCACCCGCACCCUCAUCUACUUUGGCGCCUCCUGGUGUCCGCCGUGCAUGCGGAUUGUAAACGCCCUUCCGGCCAUGAUGAAGGAGGACUUUCCCAGCAAUCUCACGUGUGCCGUGAAGGCUGACAUGGACCUCGCCACCCCGCUGUUUGAAUUUUUUGGGGUAGAGAUCAUCCCGACGUUUUUAAUCCUUGACAACGACGUGCUGCGAACAGCCGGGGGCUGGGAGGCGCUCCGCGGCCCCGCCUCUACUUCGGAGGAGGCCCUGUCGCAGCUGAGUGAAGGCCUGCGUCGCGCCGAGCUGGGACGCGUCCAGAACUCCCAGCGUAUGCUUGUGCGCAUGUUUAUCGAGAGCCAUACAUGUGGGCUGAAGUUUGACGAUGACUUCUAG